GCUACCGAUGCAUUGCAGCUGUCAGUGCAGUUUGCAUCGGACAAGUGACUUGUCGGUUUGUUUAUUUACCUACUUGUUCAGUAUCGAGACAUCAUCCUUUUCUCAAAUAAGCUGCAAUCGAUUGAGGCUUUCUGCGGGAUCGAAUAUCACCUAUCCGUGAACCGAGGGCUUGUGGUACGAAGACGAAGUAUGACGUGCUAUUUUCGGGCUUCAGGCAGACAAUGGCAACAUAUUCACUGUCCAGAAUGAGAAAGAAAUUUAUGAGACUGCACCCAGUAUGGCGUGUUUAUUGCAUGGUACUCAUAAUCCUUAUCCUGUACAACGAAGUGUUCAUUUACAUUCUACAAAAGUUCAAAUGGUCGAACAUCUACUGUAAGAAAGAAAAUUGCCUGCGAAUGUUGCUGGUUGGAGAUCCCCAGAUUUUGGGUAAAUCCUUCGACACUAAUUUCUAUGCCGGGAUGGCUAAUUACGACUCGGAUCGGUACUUGGCUUGGUACUACGAAAAAGCUAUCGAACACGUGAGGCCCGAUGUUAUAUGCUUUCUAGGAGAUCUGAUGGACGAAGGCACUACCACCAAUGAGGAGUAUUUUAAGGAGUAUUACGAGCGAUUCGGGGUGAUCUUCCCCACGCAUCCAAACGCAAAGACGAUUUACGUACCGGGUGACAACGACAUCGGUGGCGAAGCUGGCGAGGAGGUAAAACCGUCGAUAGUGCGACGGUUUCGACAGUAUUUCAGUGAAAAACCGGCUUGGAUCAUCAACGAGAAUGUUACCAUAUACAAUAUCAACCGAAUUACUCAUGAGAUGCUAAUGGACGACCCGCGAUUGACCAACGAUAUUCAGCCGGAUGUGUCGGAUCAGUAUAUCAGAAUAUUUCUAAGCCACAUGCCCUUUUUGAGUGUACCAGGCUCAUUUACUUAUGAUGCAAUCGGAAGACUUAAACCGAACGUAAUAUUCUCCGGACACCUGCAUUCCUCGCGGUACGUCCGAAUACACCGGAAGCAUCUGCGGUCAGCCACGUAUAUGCCACUCAGUGGUGACAAGAAGACUGCCUACAAGGUGCACAGUUUUAACCUACGCUACCAUCAGGAUACACAGGAACUGCUGGAAAUCGUAAUCCCGACCAGUUCCUAUCGGAUGGGAGUGCCGGAUAUUGGUUAUGGUUUCGCUGUCAUAGAUGGCACCACGCUACUUUACACGGUUCUCUGGACCACUAAUCGCUUUCAUCAGCUGAUCUCCUAUGUGAUCGUUAUUUCCGUCCCACUGUUGUUCGUUUCACUGGCAGUGCUGGUCAAAAUUCUUCGGACAAUUUGCGUUUGCAGUAGAAAACGAUCAAAGUUACCCCUUUGAAGAUGAACUGAUUGUUAUCCUCGUACGUACGUAACUGCAGCAUUAAUAUCAGUAGAGAUUUUUCUUCACCCUAAGGAUCAAAGUGAUAGUCAUAGAUCAUUGCAAAUGUAAAGGUUUUCCAUACAAGUUCUUUUCACUUUUAUUGCAAUAAAUGUUUUUUUAACAGUUGUA